AUGACGUUUGCAAGAGGAUCUACCAUCAUUUCUGCAAUUGCUUUUGAUGGACUCGCUGCUGGUAUCAUUGGUUGUGAGGCUGGUAAAUUUGACGAGUGUAUCAAGGCAAACCCAGCAGCAAUACACAUGUUGGAACAGACACUGAUCGGAAUGCGAUGUAAAGUGAAGAGCAAGAAGGGUGUUAAGAAGCAUGCAUUCCUACCACCAGAUGACAAGAUCAUUCGCUUACGAUUCGUCGGGAAUGUAACCAAAGCAAGCGAUCUGGAACCUUUCGCAUCCUUCAUACGAGAAUCGAAUAUGGACGUCGAUGAUGAUGUGGUUGAAGUUGACCCUCAUGGGAAUAAAGAGGUUAAAGUACCUCAAGUGAAUACAGAGGUGAUAGAGAUUGAUUAA